AUGCUUUUGUCUACUUCAUUAAAGGAUGCGGUGGCUAUUGUCAUCGGUUCUGGGAAAUCAGCAUGCAAACGGGUAGAUCUUUGCUUGUCAGAGGAUGUCUCCAAGGUUAUUUGGUUUUGUGAAUCAAGCACGACCGGUGGAUUUGAUUUGGGUCCUUUUCAACCUGAUAAAUUGGCCAUUGAUAAGGUACAGCUAGUACCUAUGCAUUCUUUCGACCUUUCAACUUCUUUGUUCACUUUAGGUAAUGCUUUCACAAAUUAUAUUGUCGACAUAGUCUUCAUUACCGAUACAAAGUUUACGUUCAACGAGGACAUUUAUGACCUAUGUAAACAAAAUCGCAUUCCCCUUAAUAUCGUAGAUUCUCCUUCUUUGUGUUCUUUUACCCUUCCAGCCUGCUGGUCAGAGCCCCCGCUACAGAUAGCUCUCAGUACUACUUCCAACGGUUGCCGAAUUGCUCAAAGGCUUUUGCGUCAUGUUGUCAGUAGUCUUCCAUCAGGAACCGGUGAAGCUGUACGUCGUUUUGGGAUUGCCCGUUCCUCUACUCAGAACCCACAAAAGAGACAGUGGAUCAACCACGUCAGCGAAUUUUGGCCGCUUGAAAAACUAAUUCGUAUGUCUGAAGAUGAUAUCCUUUCUAUUAUCUCGGAUGAUUAUGUUUUACCUCUCUCCUCCAGUGAACCCUCUUCCACAAGUAGCUCCCGAACAAGCCUGUCCUCUCAGGAAGACUUUGCAAAGGAAAAGGUCUCUCUUCCCCUCGAUCCAAAUAAUUUCUCUACUAAUAAAAAAGGAACGAUCGUGCUCGUGGGUAGUGGACCAGGAGAUCCUGAGCUUUUGACCGUUGCUGCCCGGAACGCCAUUCGAAAGGCCGACUACAUCCUAGCCGAUAAGCUGGUACCAGAAUCUGUUUUGAAGCUCAUUCCUCGUCAUACGCCUUUAUUUAUUGCACGAAAAUUCCCAGGAAAUGCUGAUAGAGCCCAAGAUGAGCUUCACGAAGUAGCUUUAGACGCAUUAAUGCGAGGUGACUAUGUCGUGCGAUUGAAGCAAGGUGAUCCUUACAUAUAUGGGAGAGGUGGUGAAGAAGUAUUAUUCUUCCAUAAGCACGGCUAUGUCCCAAAAGUUAUUCCUGGUAUUAGCAGCGCGUUAAUGGCUCCCGUUUCAGCUGGAAUUCCCAUAACUCAACGAGGGAUAGCAGAUCAAUUGUUGGUCUGCACUGGUACGAGCCAAAAAGGUGCCAUGCCAGUAAUACCUCCAUUUGUCGCUUCGCAAACAGCUGUCUUUCUGAUGGCGUUGCAUCGAUUGGACAUUCUCGUUUCUGCUCUGUUGCAGAAUGGUUGGCCUAAAGAUCUGCCUGUAUGUAUAGCAGAGCGAGUCUCUUGUCCCGAUCAACGAUUUAUUUUUUCAACUUUGGAUAAUGUUAUUGAGGUGUAUAACAGAUAUGAAUCACUUCCUCCUGGCUUAUUAAUUACUGGAUACAGUUGCCAAGCCCUCAGUGAAGUUCCACUAGUGACCAGGCUUUCACACUAA